UUGCCCAUUGCUUGGAUCUGUCAUACGCUCGUCACUCGUUGUUGAUUCAAUUUGACGGUGUUUUUCGUGUCGAUUACGUACAUUUUGCACGGGUAACGAUCCAACAUGGGUAAUUGUUGCGCGUCCUGUUACAAAGGAUCGUCAUCAUACGAGGAUCUCACUCCUGAUCGGGAAACUAUACGUAGAAAACAGGCAGAAGCAGCUGAGAAAAGAAUAGCCGAGCAACAGCAACGGGGCAUAAAGGAUAUAGAGUCUGUCAAGAGACAGCAGCGACGGACGAUGGAACUAGAAAAGCGGGAACAGGAAGCUGCUGCUAGUGGCACACAGCCUGCGCUACGAUGGCAGGUAAACUGAAAGG